AAGUUGGAAAACGUUUGAAAUAAUUUACAGAAAUCUGAAAUGUCUGAUUGGGACGCUGAGGAAUUUGAGCCUGAGGCUCCAGGGAGUAAAGCUGCGGUGCCUGUCAGGACGGAUAAAUGGGACGGAGAGGACGAGGAUGAUGAUAUUAAGGACGCCUGGGAUGCAGAAAGUGAUGAAGAACAGAAAUCUGAAUCUGUUGAUGGUCCCGCUGAAAGUGCAAUUUACCAGAAAAAGAAGAAGAAACCUUUAGCAGUGAGACUGGCGGAAAAGGAGGAAGCUAGAUUGAAGCAGCUACAAGAAUUAGAAGCUCAAAAAGAAGAUGACGAUUAUAAAAACACACCGGAGGGAAAACUGGAGGAAAAAUUAAGAGCACAGAAGAUGGCUGAGGAGGGUGAUCUUGAACUAGCUCGUGAACUACUAGGAGCUAAAGAAGAGAUGGCAGACAACUCGGGGAUUAAUUUCAAACCACAAACGAAGGAGGACUUUAAAACUCUUAGUGACGAACUCCUGAAGAAACUGAAACCUCUAGAAUCUUCCGAACAUUUUUUCGACUUCGCGGCCGAACUUAUUGAUGGAUUGUGUAUGAAACUUAACGUAGCAACUUUGAAAAAGGUUCGAAAUUCAGCUCAAGCCUUCGAGUCAACGAAGCUGAAAGAGGAGAAAUUAGCGAAGGCUAAGAAGGGGAAGGCGGGAGGAAAGGCUACGAUCAAAAUGGAGACGGAUCGGUCGAUGUUUGGUCGCGGGGUCGACGAUGGUUACAACGAUAUGGACGACUUCAUGUGAUCAUAAAUAUUAUCGGCUCGUGUUAUAUUUUCUUUAAAAUAAAGGAGAGGGCUUCUCAUAUUUAGCUUAAAAUUGUUUCAACCAUAGGAACAAACCCUUGAAAAUAAUUGUUUAACUGUUAAACGCUUGUAACAUCAUCAAAAUAUAUUCUUCGUACCAAAA